AUGGAGUCCCUCUUCCCUGCCCCGUUCUGGGAGGUCCUCUACAGCGGCCACCUGCAGGGCAACCUAUCCCUCCUGAACCCCAACCACAGCCUGCUGCCCCCCAACCUUCUGCUCAAUGCCAGCCACGGUGCCUUUCUGCCCCUUGGGCUCAAGGUCACCAUUGUGGGGCUUUACCUGGCCGUCUGCAUUGGGGGACUGCUGGGGAACUGCCUCGUCAUGUAUGUCAUCCUCAGACACACCAAGAUGAAGACAGCUACCAACAUUUACAUCUUUAACCUGGCCCUGGCAGACACUUUGGUGCUGCUGACACUGCCCUUCCAGGGCACAGACGUCCUCUUGGGCUUCUGGCCUUUUGGAAAUGCCCUGUGCAAGACGGUCAUUGCCAUCGACUAUUACAACAUGUUUACCAGCACCUUCACACUGACUGCCAUGAGUGUGGACCGCUACGUAGCCAUCUGCCACCCCAUCCGUGCUCUCGAUGUCCGGACGUCCAGCAAGGCCCAGGCUGUCAAUGUGGCCAUCUGGGCUCUGGCGUCUGUCGUCGGCGUUCCCGUUGCCAUCAUGGGCUCGGCACAGGUCGAGGAUGAAGAGAUUGAAUGUCUGGUGGAGAUCCCUACCCCACAGGACUACUGGGGCCCCGUGUUUGCCAUCUGCAUCUUCCUCUUCUCCUUCAUCAUUCCCGUACUCAUCAUCUCCAUCUGCUAUAGCCUCAUGAUCCGGCGGCUGCGUGGGGUCCGCCUGCUGUCUGGCUCCAGAGAGAAGGACCGGAACCUGCGGCGCAUCACACGGCUCGUGCUGGUGGUGGUGGCGGUGUUUGUGGGCUGCUGGACGCCCGUCCAGGUCUUCGUGCUGGUCCAGGGGCUGGGCGUGCAGCCGGGCAGUGAGACUGCUGUGGCCCUCCUGCGUUUCUGCACGGCCCUUGGCUAUGUCAACAGCUGCCUCAACCCCAUCCUCUAUGCCUUCUUGGACGAGAAUUUCAAGGCCUGCUUCCGAAAGUUCUGCUGCACUCCUGCCCUGCGCCGGGAGAUGCAGGUGUCCGACCGCGUGCGCAGCAUUGCCAGGGACGUGGCCCUCGCAUGCAAGACCUCCGAGACAGUACCACGGCCCGCAUGACUAGGCGUGGACCUGCCCAUGGUGCCUGUCAGCCCACAGAGCCCGUCAACACCCAACACGGAGCUCACCCAGGUCACUGCUCUCUAGGCUGACACCCAACCUGUGUCCUGAGCAUUGCCAGACUCGAGGACUUCACUGUGGCCGCAGAAGGCCUGGUGACAUCAUGGGACAGGUCAGACUAAAGCUGCCCUCCUGGUGCCGAGCAGAGAGGGGACACCCACCAGUGAGUGUGCCUGGCCAGAGCCCAUGCCAACACCCUCACACAUCAUGGACUCUUCUGGCCCCUCCCCUGCGGCACCCUGCAUGCUCUUGGUAUGCACACACCUGGAGGUGUGACAGCAGCGGGCCAUCCCACGCCCU